UGGGAUAUGUAUGAAUUGUAAGAACCAAUUAGAGACAAGCAUCUUGAGAGCGCGAGGAGAGCAGUGGAGACAAGGUGGAGGAUUACUGAUCUCCUCUUAAAAUGGAUACUGAAGGGUUUGGAGAACUCCUGCAGCAAGCAGAAAAGCUUGCAGCAGAGACAGAAGGAGGAACGGAACUACCUCACGUGGAAAGAAAUCUUCAAGAGAUUCAGCAGGCUGGAGAGCGGCUGCGUUCACGAACAAUGACCCGCACAUCUCAAGAAUCAGCCAAUGUCAAAGCGUCUGUUCUACUGGGUUCUAGAGGUCUAGACAUUUCUCAUAUCUCCCAACGACUUGAAAACCUCAGUGCAGCCACAACCUUUGAGCCCCUUGAGCCAGUGAAGGACACAGAUAUUCAGGGAUUCCUGAAGAAUGAGAAAGACAAUGCUCUGUUGUCAGCCAUUGAGGAAUCCAGGAAAAGGACAUUUGCCAUGGCUGAGGAGUAUCACAGGGAGUCUAUGCUUGUUGAGUGGGAGCAGGUAAAGCAGAAAAUCCUACACACGCUUCUUGCCACUGGAGAAGAUGCACUGGACUUCACUCAAGAGACUGAGACCAGUUAUGUCAGUGAGUCUGGGGCACCUGGACGUAGCUCUCUAGAUAAUGUGGAAAUGGCGUAUGCGCGACAGAUUUAUAUGUACAACGAGAAGAUUGUGAGUGGUCAACUACAGCCCAACCUCGUGGAUCUCUGUGCAACAGUUGCUGAGAAAUUGGAUGACAAGAAUGUGUCUGACUUGUGGGUGAUGGUGAAGCAGAUGAGUGACGUGAUGCUGGUUCCAGCUACGGAUGUUCUUAAAAGCCGGUGCAGUGUCCAGAUGCAGAUGGCCUUUGUGGGGCAAGCACUAAAUUUCCUGGAGCAGAGUUACAAGAAUUACACGCUGAUGAGAGUGUUUGCAAACCUGCAGCAGGCUCAACUAGGUGGAGUUCCAGGUACCUACAACCUUGUAAGAAGCUUUCUGAAUAUCAGGCUUCCAGCACCUAUACCAGGACUGCAGGAUGGAGAAAUUGAAGGAUGCCCAGUGUGGGCUCUGAUUUACUAUUGCAUGCGGUGCGGGGAUUUGAUGGCAGCACAACAGGUUGUCAACAGGGCACAACACCAGCUGGGAGAGUUUAAGAACUGGUUCCAGGAAUAUGUGCACAGUGGAGAUCGUAGAAUAUCACCAUCUACAGAAAAUAAGCUCCGGCUACAUUACAGAAGAGCGUUGAGAGGGUGCACAGACCCCUACAAGCGAGCAGUGUACUGUAUAAUCGGUCGGUGUGAUGUGACUGAUCACCACAGUGAGGUGGCAGAUAACACAGAGGACUAUCUGUGGCUGAAGUUGAGUCAGAUUAGUUUUGAAGACAAUGCCAGCACUUCUCCUCAGGACAGACUGACGCUUCCUCAGUUUCAGAAGCAACUGUCUGAAGAUUACGGGGAAACGCACUUUGCAGUUAAUAAGCAGCCUUUCCUGUACUUCCAAGUUCUCUUCCUGACUGCACAGUUUGAGGCUGCGAUUGCAUUUCUGUUCCGCCUGGAGCGUACACGGUGUCACGCUGUUCAUGUGGCUCUCGCUCUGUUUGAGCUCAGGCUGCUUCUCAAAUCAUCUGGGCAAAGUGCUCAACUCUUAAGUCAAGAGCCCGGUGAUCCGCUUGGUGUAAGACGUUUGAACUUUGUGCGCAUGCUGAUGCUUUAUACACGAAAGUUUGAGUCCACUGACCCACGGGAAGCCUUGCAGUACUUCUACUUCCUCAGGAAAGAAAAGGACAGUCAGGGGGAGAACAUGUUCCUUCGUUGUGUUAGUGAGCUGGUGAUUGAAAGCAGAGAGUUUGACAUGCUGUUAGGGAAGCUGGAGAAGGAUGGAAGCAGAAAGCCUGGAGCUAUCGAUAAAUUUACAAAUGAUACGAAACCCAUUAUUAGCCAGGUGGCUUCUGUUGCCGAGCACAAAGGACUGUUUGAGGAAGCAGCUAAACUGUAUGAUUUGGCAAAGAACCCAGACAAAGUCCUCGAACUGACCAAUAAACUGUUGAGUCCUGUAGUAUCUCAGGUCAGCGCUCCACAGUCUAAUAAGGAACGUCUCAAGAACAUGGCUUUAUCAAUUGCUGAAAGGUAUAAAUCUCAGGGUGUGAGUGCAGAGAAGUCUGUCAAUUCUACAUUCUACCUGUUACUGGACGUAAUGACAUUUUUUGACGAGUAUCACGCCGGUCACAUUGAUCUUGCUUUUGAUAUUAUUGAGAAAUUGAAACUUGUACCUCUGAGUCAGGACAGUGUAGAGGAACGAGUGGCUGCCUUCCGUAAUUUCAGUGAUGAGAUCAGACAUAACUUGUCUGAAGUUCUCCUCGCUACUAUGAAUAUCUUAUUUACCCAGUACAAGAGAAUAAAGGGUAGUGGCCCCUCCACACUUGGGCGUCCACAGAGAGUGGUGGAGGAUAAGGAUUCGGUGUUGCGUAGUCAAGCACGUGCUCUUAUUACAUUUGCUGGAAUGAUCCCAUACAGAAUGUCUGGGGACACCAAUGCCCGCCUGGUUCAAAUGGAGGUUCUCAUGAACUGAUUCAUUCAUUCAACCUAUCAUCCAGGGUUCUUAUUUUCCGGUAGACCAGGCCAGUGCAUCUUCAUUCCAGUCAUCUGACCAGGUUUUGAGGAUAUUUUGAUACAGUAGCAAUGAGAUAAUCAAGACAUUAAUCAUCCGUCUGAUCUGAAGUCUAGAGAUUCUGUUUUGUUGUGUUGUCCUGAUGAGUUGAAAAACUCUGCUUUACACUUUUGUAUCUUAAUGGAUGCUGUGCAGUUUUGGUCAUCUUUGCCUUCAGGCAUGUGAUACUAGCAGACUUUGUACAGUGUGAUGUGAUGACAUCUCAAAUAAAUAGUUUGAUUUGUUGUC